UCCUAACAAUUGUGUCAGUGUUCAUCCAAAGGGGACGCAUAGCGAACGCGUCGUCCUGACCAAGAAGCCAAACAGGAAAAUUUUACUCCUGACUAAAUUAUCAACAAUCAAAGAAGAAUCUAAUUGGACAGUUAUUUACGGCUGUUGAUUACUGACACUGAAGCGAGAUAAUGUGUAAAGGGGCCCUAGUGGUGGUGGUGACGUCACUACUAGCGUUAGCUGUCCACUGUCAGACCACCUCAGUCUCUUCAGGUUACUUUCUUAUGCCAUCGUCGUGUGGCGAGAUAAGCGAUGGACGGAAAAGAGUGCCCGCAUCGUCCCUAGUGGUGCAGUCAGAGCUGUGGCUCAAGACCCAUCAACCAGCAGACCUGCAAGACGAUACCACUGGUAACAAAUGCCACCUAAGUUCGAAUACCACCUUUAUGGUAAGGCGUGACAAAAGUAUCCUACAGGUGAAGGACGUUGAUGAUGACAACAAACAGGUGUGUAACUUCUCCAGGGACGCUAAUAUUAAGCUGCUGGACAAUCAAGUGUACACAUCAUGCCACUCAGAUAGGGAGAGUGCUGAGAAGGAGAUGUCCACCCACCCAGACACUUGGCCUGUGCCUCCCAGUGGAUUAGCAUACUCUGAGGCACCAGUGGCUAACCAGCCUCCUCUGGACAACAGCACUCAAGUGAUGAACAGCCCAACUGCCACCCCAUACUCAACUACCAGAGUGAUGGUUACAACAGUUGCAGAAACAAUGAGCCAAACAGAUUUUAUAACAGGGUCCUUAACAAAGGCUCCAAAAAGCUUUAAAACUACAAUGGAAUCCUUAAUAAAGGCUCCGAGGAACUCUAAAACUAAAAUGGAAUACCCAACAAAAGCUCCAAGAAACUAUGAAACUUCAAUGGAAUACCCAACAAAAGCCCCAAGAAACUUUGAAACUACAGCAGUAACCUCAACAAAGACCCCAAGAAACUUUGAAACUACAGCAGUAACCUCAACAAAGACCCCAAGAAACUUUGAAACUACAAUGGGAUACCCAACAAAAAUUCCAAUAAAAUUUGAAACUACAACAGAAACCUUAACAAAGGCUAAAAAAAGCCCUGAUUUAAAAGUAAAAACAACUAAUAAACCAUCAACAGUGAAACUAACAGACAUCACAACACAGACCUCAGAAGUAACAGAUAUAUUGACCACACAACAAAAAGAAACUAUAACAGAAACGUUGACACAAGCAUCAGGAAACCCUUCCAUGGAAAUAAUAAGUGAACCAUUGAUAACUGCCGGUGUGAAAACAACAGGGAUUGUGAACCUGAUAGAAAUCACCUCAGAGGCCACACAAACAAUUUAUCUUCCAUCCAAUAAUUCUUCCCACUACAAUAAGCAUCCUAAGAACACCCUCCCAUACUUCAUAGGUGCUGGGGCAGUUGUUACUGUAGUUAUAAUAUUAAUUGUGGUCACCAUCUGUAUUGCACGACGGCAGAUGCCAGAAUCCAAACAUGAAAUUAACAAAGAGGAAUUCUUCAUAGGUGGAACAUAUGACAACCCGGAACCAGAACUGGGGUACGUUUACAACAAUGCGCAGAACAUGUAUUCUGGCUGUGACCCUGAAGUUGAAGAGUCCUUUGAACUAGAGAAGAGGAUACUGAAGAGCCAAAGCUCAAGUCCAGAAGCAGAAACACCCAAGUGUCUACGUUCACAGGAAACCCAAAAUAUUUUACCAUAGCUUUAGUAUGUGUAAGGAUGAGUCUGAGCUCAAACAGUUAUCAGAAACAGUGAGAGUUACCAAAUCUUUUAGAAAUUCUUAGUGUACAGCAGGGUAUGCACAUAAUAUUUGUGAAACAUAUUCUUACAUAUACUGUACUAUAUACUGUAAUAACUAUUAUCUUUGUUGAAGCUGUGGCAAUACAGUACAGGUAUCCCCCUAUUUAUGAUGGGAUUACGUUCCUAAAAAACCUAUCACAAGUCAAAAUAUUAUAAAUCGGGAUCAUUAUAACAUGGGGUUCAAUGGGACACAUGCCCAGCCAGUUUGACACCUAAAUGUAUCACUGAAAAUAAAAUUCCUACACUAAUA